AUGAUCAGAACUUCGAUUCUCAUUGUAUUAGUGGCCACAGUGGGGUCAAGUGUGAUUCCGAAGGCUCAACCAAUUGUGAAUCCAUCGCUUCCUAUCAAAUUCGAACGGACUGUUGUUCAACAAUCACCUGUUAUCCCUUCAAACAGUGCUGCUGGAUGGAGAUACGGGGUCGAUUUGUCAGUUCCCACAACACCGCAAAAGACUCAAUGUCUCAAGCAAUUGUCGUAUAGUUCGGCUUUUAUUAGAGUUUACAAUCCGUUAGGACAAGGUUCUUUCGACAUCAACUCAUGCAAUACUAUUCGCAACGCAAUGUCCGCCGACCUUUCUAUUGAGAUUUAUAUGACUCCACAGCCAGUAUCAUCGAAGCCAGCUUACCAGCAGGUCGACGAACUUUACAAUGGUUUGACGAACUGUGGAAUCACGGCUCGUCGUCUUUGGAUUCAAAUAACCUCUCCAGUCAACUGGCCGAGUGCACAAUCACCGAACAUCAAUUUCAUGAAUAGUAUCAUUGCACGAGCAAAAAAAUACGGAAUGGCUGUUGGUAUCUACACAAAUCUCUAUGAAUGGAGCCAAAUCACCGGUGGAUGGAACGGUCUCGGAAACGAUGUUCUCCUGUGGUACUGGAAUGUCUACGGACCAGGAGUGUCUGGAGAAACUCCAGCCAAUUUCAACGACUUCCGACCAUUCGGAAACUGGCGUGCAGCCACUGUCAAACAAUUCGCUCAGACCGAGACCGUUUGCCAAAUGACUGUCAAUCGCGAUAUUUAUUACACGGUCACUGCGGAACUCCCAAAAGCCAUUGAGAUGAAGCUUUAA